AGUUCGUAAAUGGCGACGUCUUGAUUGCGGGCAACAGUGCUCGGCCAAAAAAGAUUGUAAACAAGUGUAAAAACUGAAAAAAAUUGUUAUGACGUCCCGUCAAUGAAGCUCUAGUGAAAAACGGCCGCGAUGGGGACGCAAAAGCCGGGGGAGUGGGCGAAUGCGCUCAUCGCGCGAUUCGAGGAUCAGCUGCCUUGUCGGACUGGUCAUCAAACUACACACUCCCGGCUGAAUGAGGAGAAGAACAAGAAAUGUUUGAUAAAAAUUUCUCGAUAUCGUUUCUCCCUAGUGAUAUCUGGCCUUACAAAGAUGCUGCAACGCGUCAACGAAAUGGUACCAUCGACAGGAGGACAACGCUCUUUCAAUGCUACAGACCAAGAACGAAAUUGCUACGAAUCGAUUAUUAUAGUAUUAGAUACUCUAGAGCGAUGCCUCGCUAAUCAACCUAAAGACACUACAAAAUAUGACGAGGCUAUGAACGUUAAGAAAACACUUAAGGAAAUUUGCCAGUUUAUCGAUAUUCCAAACGACAGUCCUCAAAAUGCUCAUUUAAAAAAUCUGGCAAGUAAAGUUCUUUUUGCUCUGAGCUUAAAUUUUUUUAACGCUGUCUUUAACAGAAUAUCUGCUCGACUUCAAGAACUUUCCGUUAGCAAUGAAGAGAAUCCUGAUUACAGUGACAUCGAACUUAUCCAACAUAUUAACGUCGACGUUCAUAGGCUUGCAAAACUUUUAAAUGAAGCAAUACAAAAAUUCCGACAACUGAAGAAAUCUGCAUACUUAGUGCUGAUGAAUUCCUUGGAGAAGGCAGUGUGGAAUUGGAUGGACACCUAUCCCCAUGAAUUUGCAGAUUUGCAGAAGCGACCGAACGAAGAAUUGGGAAAGGCUUGCGGUGAAUUGUUCGAUGUACUGGAUUCGUUUGUGGAUAAUAAAAAGGGACGAACGGCUGCCGUCUGGCCUCUCCAGAUAAUGCUGUUGAUACUGUCGCCGAAAGUAUUGGAGGAAAUUGUGAAUGCCGACACGGGUGCACCAUGCUCGCCGAAGCACUCGAAAAAGAAAUCCUUCAUUGACAGCGUGAAAAAGGGACUGGUGAUGCACGGAGGUUCGAACAGACAAAUCGUGGAAGCUGCCGCUGUCACCUGCGUUAAAUUAUGCAAGGCCUCUACUUACAUUAGCAAUUGUGACUCGAAUAACGUCAUGUUUACCCUCGUGCAACACGUGAUGAGCGACUUAACUUCACUUCUCUUCAAUCCAAGCAAGCCUUUCUCAAGAGGACAGAGCUGCAUGGCUCAAGACAUCGAUUUGAUGAUAGACUGUUUCGUCAGUUGCUUUCGCAUUAAACCCCACAACAACGAAGUACUUAGAGUCUGUUUGAACCUUAACUCACCCUCGACCUAUCAAUAUGUUCUAGUCAGUUCGUUAUACAAAAUCGUUACUCAACCGAGAUUACCAUGGUGGCCUCAAAUCGAUUUGGUUUACUCUCGCAGUGCCGAAUUGAGAAAUAUGUUCACUGAUGCUUUGAAUAAAGUUACACAAAAUUACAUAUCGCACACGCCGCUACGAAUGAUACAAAGUUUAACCCUCAAAGGCAAAGAACAAAACAAAUAUAGGGAUAGAGGAGAAGAAGUUUCCAGUUACAGGAAUCUUCUGUUUUGGAUGGUGCGCUUAAUACACGCCGAUCCGAUGUUGAUGUUAAAUAAUCAAGGCAAAGCCGGUCAUGAAAUACAGAGUUCGACAUUAGAACUGAUAAAUGGUUUGGUGUCUCUGGUGCAUCAACCGACGAUGCCGGAUAUUGCUCACGAAGCCAUGGAAGCGCUACUAGUUUUACACCAUCCUGACAAAAUAAAGGCCUGGAAUCCAGAGGCUCCUAUCAAUACAUUCUGGGACGUUAGUUCUCAGGUGUUAUUUUCCAUCUCGCAAAAAUUGACUCAACAUCAGAUUGUUAAUUACACCGAUAUUCUAAAAUGGCUGAGAGAAGUUCUCAUAUGCCGAAAUGGAUUUCUCUCGCAAAAUAAAGAUUACGCAAAUAUCGGCAGCCAAAUAGCUAUUUGCAAACAAGCGCAUAUUAAACUUGAGGUUGUUUUAUUUAUGUACCUGUGGAGUACCGACAUGGAAGCUGUUUUAGUAGCAAUGUCUUGUUUUGCUCUUUUAUGCGAAGAGGCAGAAAUUCGUUGUGGAAGUGACGAAGUUGCAGUGACAUGUCUUUUACCGAAUUAUCAUUUAUAUGUUGAACUGGCUCAAGCCUCCACUAUUUUAACAACUGCCAGCGGAGAAAGUAGGAUGUACUAUCAUGAACAUAAUCAUGGUCGUGCAGCUCUUCAAAAAAGGAUUAUGGCCCUCUUAAGAAAAAUAGAACACUGCGUCAAUGGCGUUCAACCGGCAUGGGAAGAAACUUUUCGCAAUUGGGAACAGACCUCCAGACAACUGUCCAAUUAUCCAAAGACAAAAACCGAGGAUGGCCAAGUUGAGUCGUUCCAUCGAAGUACAGGCAAGCGAAGAGCUUCUCAUCAAAAUUCAGAACAUGAAUUGGAAGAGCAAAUCAACGAAUGGGCCAAUAUGACGGGAUUUCUCUGCGCUUUAGGUGGCGUUUGUCUUCAAAGAAGGUCGCCAAACAGACCUUUGUCGGGAAUGCCCCCGAAUCCAGAACCAAAGAGAAGUUCGGCGAAACUUCAGGAUUCAGUUUCAUGUCUAACAAAUCCCAGCCAGGAAGUUCAGUACUGCCCAGUUACUCAAUUUGUCUUCAAUCUUUUGCGUCUCUUGAUUUGUAACAACGAAAAGUUUGGGGGUCAAAUUCAGAAGCACGUGAAGGAAUUAGUGGGUCACGAAAUGAGUCCGGCUCUCUAUCCAAUUCUCUUUGAUCAAAUCAAAAGUAUUGUGGAAAAAUUUUUCGAUCAACAGGGCCAAGUUAUUGUCACCGAUGUGAAUACUCAAUUUAUCGAGCACACGAUAUUUAUUAUGAAAAAUGUUUUGGACUCGAAAACCGAUCAGCCGUCUGAGUAUCUCGGGAUGACGAGCAUCGAGGGAAUGAUGCUCGCUAUUGUGAGAUACGUUCGACAUUUGGACACGAAUGUUCAUAUCAAGACGAAACUUUGUCAACUCGUCGAAGUCAUGAUGAAAAGACGAGACGAUUUGGCCUUUCGACAGGAAAUGAAAUUUCGAAAUAAACUCGUCGAGUAUCUUACCGACUGGAUUUUGGGAACUACACAUCAAAUUGCUCCUUCUGCCGGCGGAGAUGUUUCAAUUAUCAAUAGUUCGAGCUUUCGAGAUCUGGACCAGGCUUGCAUGGAAGCUGUUGGAGCUUUACUGAGAGGAUUACCCCUUCAACCGGAAGAAUCUGACAGAGGAGAUCUAAUGGAAGCGAAAUCUCAACUCUUCCUCAAGUACUUUACACUAUUCAUGAAUCUACUGAAUAAUUGCAAUGAUGUAGCUGCCGAGGAGAAGGAAGAAGUCUCCAGACAAAGAAUAACUUCCGGAAAGCUUUCCACUCUGCGCAAUGCAACUAUUCAGGCAAUGAGUAAUCUCUUGAGUGCAAACAUUGAUAGCGGUCUCAUGCAUUCAAUCGUUUUGGGUUACAAUAGAGAUUUGCAAACUCGAGCAGCGUUCAUGGAAGUUUUAACGAAAAUUCUUCAGCAAGGAACGGAAUUCGACACACUCGCGGAAACCGUGUUGGCCGAUAGAUUUGAGCAGUUGGUACAGUUGGUGACAAUGAUAAGCGACAAGGGAGAAUUGCCGAUAGCGAUGGCUCUGGCGAAUGUUGUGACGACCAAUCAGAUGGACGAACUUGCACGGGUUUUCGUUACUCUAUUCGAUGCGAAGCAUCUGCUCUCGCCUCUUCUUUGGAACAUGUUUUAUCGCGAAGUCGAGGUUUCCGAUUGCAUGCAAACUCUAUUUCGGGGCAAUAGUCUUGGCAGUAAAAUCAUGGCAUUUUGCUUCAAAAUCUAUGGCGCCAGCUACCUGCAGAAUCUCUUGGAGCCACUUAUACGACCUUUGUUGAGUGAUCCUGUCACGGGUUUUGAAGUUGACAGCGCGAGAAUUGACGCUAACGAGGACAUCGAGCAAAAUGGAAGGAACCUGAUUGCUUUGACGCAAAAAGUUUUCGAUGCUAUCGUUUCUUCGGCUGAUCGAUUCCCGCCGCAAUUGCGCUCAAUGUGCCACUGUCUCUACCAAGUUUUAAGUAAAAGAUUUCCACAAUGUCCUCAAAAUAAUAUCGGCGCUGUUGGAACAGUUAUAUUUUUACGAUUUAUCAACCCAGCAAUUGUGUCGCCCCAAGAAAUGGGAAUUGUAAAUAAACCAAUGCCACCACAAGUGAAACGAGGCCUUAUGCUUAUGUCAAAAAUCCUACAAAACAUAGCGAAUCAUGUGGAAUUCAGCAAAGAACAGCACAUGUUGCCUUUCAAUGAUUUUCUCCAAGCUCAUUUUGAAAUUGGCAGACGAUUCUUCAUUCAAAUAGCGUCGGACUGCGAAACUGUGGAUCAAGCUAGUCAUCCAAUGUCCUUUGUCUCGGACGCCAACGUCUUGGCUUUACAUCGACUACUCUGGAAUCAUCAAGAGAGAAUUGGCGACUAUCUAAGCAGUAGCAGGGAUCACAAAGCUAUGGGCAGACGGCCGUUUGAUAAAAUGGCCACUUUGCUGGCGUACCUUGGUCCUCCUGAACAUAAACCAGUUGACUCUCACUUACUAUUCUCGUCGUCCUACGCUCGAUGGUCAAGCAUUGAUAUGUCGUCAACAAAUUUUGAGGAAAUAAUGGUGAAACACAAUAUGCACGAAAAAGAAGAAUUUAAAAGUAUCAAGAGUCUGAAUAUUUUCUAUCAAGCGGGAACGAGUAAACAAGGAUACCCUGUUUUUUAUUACAUUGCAAGACGUUACAAGAUCGGCGAAACUAAUGGAGAUCUUUUGAUAUAUCAUGUGAUUCUGACUUUGAAGCCAUUUUGCCAUUCGCCAUUUGAAUUGGUUGUUGACUUUACACACACUUGUUCCGACAAUCGUUUUAGAACUGAAUUCCUGCAAAAAUGGUUUUACGUUUUGCCGGAAGUUGCUUAUGAAAAUAUUCACGCCUCGUAUAUUUAUAAUUGCAACAGUUGGGUGAGGGAGUACACGAAGUUUCACGACAGAAUCUUGGCACCCUUGAAAGGAAAUCGAAAAGUCAUUUUCGUCGACGGUCCGGGAAGACUCAACGAUCUCAUUGAUCCGGAACAACAAAAAUUACCUGGAGCAACACUUUCGCUCGAUGAAGAUCUUAAAGUUUUCACAAGUGCGCUCAAACUGUCUCAUAAAGAUACCAAAGUCUCUAUAAAGGUGGGGCCGACAGCAAUUCAAAUAACUUCGGCAGAGAAAUGUAAAGUCCUUUCGCACUCAGUCUUAUUGAAUGAUGUGUAUUACGCUUCGGAAAUCGAGGAAGUUUGUCUGGUUGAUGAUAAUCAGUUCACUCUCACGAUUUCAAAUGAAGCCGGUCCAUUGUCUUUUAUUCAUAACGACUGCGACAGUAUUGUGCAGGCAAUAAUUCAUAUCAGAAAUCGUUGGGAACUUUCUCAGCCGGAUUCAAUGUCGGUUCAUCCGAAAAUUCGACCCAAAGACGUGCCAGGAACAUUACUGAACAUGGCCCUCUUAAAUCUGGGCAGUUCGGACCCCAAUCUGCGGACCGCUGCAUACAACCAACUCUGCGCCCUCACUGCAACUUUUGAUCUCAAGAUUGAGGGGCAACUGCUGGAAACGUCAGGGCUCUGCAUUCCCUCGAAUAACACCAUUUUCAUCAAACAUUUGAGUGAAACUCUUGCAGCUAAUGAUCCGCACUUGACAUUGGAAUUUUUGGAAGAGUGCAUUGAGGGCUUCAAAGGGUCAACUAUUGAACUCAAGCAUUUGUGUUUGGAGUACAUGACACCUUGGCUUAACAAUCUCGUUCGAUUCUACAAGCCAAACGACGAAGGAGGGAAACGACAGAAGCAAGUGACACAAAUUUUAGAGAAACUCAUAACUUUGACGAUUGAUGAAGUCGAGAUGUAUCCGAGUAUUCAGGCGAAAAUUUGGAGCACGAUCGGGAGACUUCCGGACCUGAUAGACACAGUUUUGGAUAAUUUUAUUCAACGAAGUGUUCGCUACGGUCUGGGAUCGCCGAUGGUGGAGAUAAUGGCGGACACGGCAGUGGCUCUGGCCUCUGGCAACGUCCAGCUUGUAGCAAAGAAAGUGAUUGGAAGGCUCUGCCGAGUUGUUGACAAAACUUGUACGUCGCCGACUCCACUGUUGGAGCAACACAUGAUGUGGGACGAUAUUGCCAUUUUGGCUCGGUACCUUUUAAUGCUGUCGUUCAACAAUUGUCUCGACGUUGGAAAGCACUUGCCUUACCUCUUCCAUACGGUGACCUUCCUCGUCUGUUCCGGGAGUCUCAGUAUGCGAGCUUCAACUCACGGUUUAGUCAUCAAUAUAAUUCACUCCUUAUGCACCUGCAGUUCGCCCUCUUUUUCCGAAGACACUUAUCGAGUUCUCCGAAUGAGUUUGGACGAGUUCUCCUUGCCCAAGUUCUACUUGUUGUUUGGAAUCAGCAAGGUGAAAUCCGCUGCUGUAACUGCCUUCAGAUCGAGCUACAGGCAUUCGAACGAGAAAUGGUUUGGUAACGAAAGAACGAUGGGAGGGAUUCAGGAUCGAGAGAGACUUUCGUUAACAAGUUUGGAAGUGAUAACCGACGCACUUUUGGAAAUUAUGGAGGCUUGUAUGAGGGACAUUCCGAAAUGUGACUGGCUAAAAACCUGGACGUCCCUUGCAAAAAGUUUCGCUUUUUGUUUUAAUCCUGCGUUGCAGCCGAGGGCACUGAUUGUUUUUGGAUGUAUUAGUAAAAGUAUUACCGAUCAAGACAUAAAACAACUGUUGAGAAUUUUAGUUAAAGCUCUUGAGAGCUUCAACGAUAUAAUACUUCUCGAAUCAAUCGUCAUGUGUCUCACGAGAUUGCAACCGCUACUAAGACCUGAAUCUCCAAUUCAUAGAUAUUUAUUUUGGGUAGCAACUUCAGUUUUACAGUUGGAUGAAGCGUCCCUUUAUGCCUCUGGUUUGGCUCUCUUGGAACAAAAUUUGCAUACUUUGGAUUCGCAAGGAACUUUCGAUGAUAAGACUUUGGAGCGGGUAAUGAUGUCGACUCGAGAACCUUUGGAGUGGCAUUUUAAGCAACUAGAUCACGCUGUUGGACUGUCGUUUAAAUCAAAUUUCCAUUUUGCGCUGGUUGGUCAUUUAUUGAAAGGAUACAGACAUCCAACACCAACAACUGUCACGAGAACGGCUCGUGUUUUGACAAUGUUAUUGGCAAUUGUCGCAAAACCAUAUCGAAGGGACAAAUUUGAAGUGACUCCCGAGAGUGUUGCCUAUCUCGCAGCAUUGGUUUCUGUUUCUGAAGAAGUUAGAAGCAGAUGUCACAUAAGGCACGCUCUUGGAAGAAGCGCUAAUGAAUCUGGCAGUAAUGAUUUUCUAGACACUUUGAUUACUAACGGAUCGGAAUUUCCAACGAAUGUUAAUAAUCCGCCGAAUCGUAGGCAAAAAUCAUGGGAUCUUUUGGAUCAAUCGGCAAUCACACAUGCGCGUCAACUUAAGCAACAUCCUUCUCAUCAGACUGGCCGGAUUUUAUUUAAAACACAGCGAUCUUUUUCUGUACCAUCUACGAAGGAAGUCAAACCUAACGACGAGUUAGAGCCCAAGAAUCGAAGUACUCGAGUCAGCGUGAGCAAUGAAAACAACGUUCUUUUGGACCCGGAAGUUCUCACAGAUUUUUCAACUCAAACCCUAGUCUUAACAGUGCUGGCCACUUUGGUAAAAUACUCCACUGAAGAAAGUGAAACAAGAAUUUUGUACGGUUAUCUCGCAGAAGCUUCAGUUGUUUUUCCAAAAGUCUUUCCAGUCAUUCAUAAUUUACUGGACGCGAAAAUAAAUAGUGUGCUUUCAACCUGCCAUGAUCAAACGAUUUUGAGCUCGGUACAGGCUAUUAUACAGAAUAUGAUUGCUUGCGAAGAUACGAGUCAACAACAACUUCACUAUUUGCAAAGCUGUGGUUUUGGAGGACUUUGGCGAUUCGCUGGACCUUACACGAAGUGUAAUCGAACCGCAGAGAGUGCCGAAUUAUUUGUUAAUUGUCUCGAGGCAAUGGUUGAAACAUGUUUGCCAGUAGAAGAAGCUGAAAAUAUAACGCACAACGAUUCUUCCUCGGAACAAAAUAAACGAUCUUCCGAUCAAGAUAAAUCAAAUCCUCUGGUCGUUAGAAGUGAUUGUUCUAAAAGUCGAUUUUCUUCCGAUGAAAGUGAAGAUUUAAAAAUGUCUACAUCUCAAAUUCGCAAAGAAAUAACCGAAGAAAGACGAAUAAGCAAAUUGGCGGAUAUUUCUGAUAUUUCAAAUCGAGGAGAAAGUUCAAGUAACAGUAGCGGAGGUUCGCAGCCCUAGCGAUUAAUUAAACACUCAACGAGGAGAUGUACAAAAUUUAGAGGAGAAAAACUUCAACAACCUGAGGAGCAAACCAGGCAAUGCAUUUUUAAAUUUACAACAAUUUUUUAAACCUAUAUUUUCAUAUCUUAGAGAGUUAAAAAUUGUUUAAAAUACAAUUUUUGUAAUUGACUUUUUUAUUUAAACAGAAAAUGAGACGAAAUUCUUUGAAAAAUUAUACGAAUGUAAAUUUUGAGUUUUAUUAGUUUUUAGAGGAAUUGUUGGUUCCAUAUUACUGUUGUUACAUGUGCCGUCCACUUCUCGCUAACAGACCCGUUCUCAAGAAAAACGUGUAUUUGGAACCCAAAUUUAAUUAUUUCAAUUUUCAAAAUAAUGCUAUUUCUUUAAAAUUAUUUUCUAAGUUUGUCCCUCAAGUUUGAAACUCGUAAUAAAAUACUCAAUACGCCCUUUCACGUUAAGUUUAAAUAGAGUUAAAAUUUUAUCGAAAUACUAUUUAUAUCUUUUUUCCAUGUAUUUAUCUUUCUUUUUUAAAAAAAGUUAUCUAUUUAAUAAUUGCGCGUUUGUGUACAAGUUGUAUGUACGUUAUUCGAUUUCUAAGAUGGAUACAACGAAGAUGUUUACUAAAUCAACUUUAAUGAACAAUUUUUUUCUGAAAGCAUAUAUUUAAAAAAUACUUGGAAGUUUGUGACCAUAAAUCCGCCGAACUUGAUUACAAUUACGAAAAUCACAAUGAAAAAGAGAAACAUUCAAGUAUUUUAUUAACUUAGUAUAAUUUCUUUAAAAAAAAAAAAAAAACAAAUUACCUUAGAUCGAAACCAAAGUAUUGAAUUUACAAAGUCUUUGUAAUAUGAUAAUUUCAAUUUACAUUUAAGCUUCAACACCACAUUGUGGCCUUAGAUUUCUUUAAAAAGUAUUAAUUUUAAUGUUUCUAUGACCAUCCCAUGUAGGCCUCAAAAAUUAUAGAUCUGUAACAGUUAACAAAACAUCUAGUUCAAGUUUUUAAUAAUAUUAUCUUUAUUGGCUUUCUUAAGGCUGUGUUUUAUUUAUUUUAUCAAUUCUCGCAAGGAGAUAAUUUUCUAAAAAACUAUAUUUAUUUUUUGGAACAAAUUUUACAAUCUCUUUGAAAGAUUUUUUUUAUUUCGGCGCCGUAUUUUCUCUCUAAAAAAAGAAAUGACUUAAAAUUUGUGCAAAACGGCAUUUACUUCCUGCAAUGCACAGUAAAAAAAACACCAACUAGAAUUUGAAAUUCGUAUAUAUGAAUAUUGAAUACGAAACUAUUUUGAAAAUAAUUAAUAAGUAAUUGUUAGGCUUACCGUCAAGUUUUUAGAACUAAAAAAAUGAAUGUUUCUGUCGACUAAUUUGUAUCAAAAAAAAGAAAAAUAUGGGGAAUAUUGAUUGUGUCGGCAUUUUUAAUAAUAAAUGUGUUAUAUCUUGUAAAUGUGUUAGAACGAAAAUUUUACGAAGAAUUUACCGAUUUAUAAAUGGUUUUCUUCUCUCUAAAUGUGAUGUAAUUAUUAUGCGUGAGAAUAUUAUAAUUAUCAUCAUUGUCAUUAUUGUAUAUAAUAGUCCUUUAUCAUGCAAUGAAACUCCGAAAUUUUUGUUCAUUAGUAAUAUUGUUGUCCAAUUGUACAUACAUAGAGGAUAAAAUAAUUUUCAUGUUAUUAAUAAUUGUUCUUAAUAUUAUGAAUUUUCCAAUUUAUGUGUAAUAAUUACAUCGUACAAAAAAGGGGUUUCACUGUAUUUGUUAAAGAUAACAUUCAUUUUUCUUAAAGAUAUUAUGUCUAAGUAUUAUUAUGUAAGUAGCAUACAGACAAAUGUUAUUCUAUAUUUAAAUAAAAAUACUUAAUACGAACAAAUUGUUAAGAUUGCGAUCAUUGCGAUAAUUAUCGAAACAGUAAUUUUAUCCGCUAAUCUGCUGUAAAAGCAGAGCAAAAUUUUUUGAAUAACUUUAAUCAACAAACUCAACUGAAAAAGACAGAAAAAUAAAGGUCACGAUUUUAGUGUAAAAUGUUAAAA